UACGUGUCAGCCGCCGCGGAGCGAGUGUAAAGUUACCCACGUAAAGUUAGCGACAGACACCCACAAAAAACAAAAACAAAAAUCCGGCCAAGCUUAUCUGUCACGCAAGUUAAGUUAGCUACUUGGAGCUAACUCGGCUAAUUGACUGUUGUCGGACGCCCCAAAACAGCGGGGAGGCGCGGCGACUUCUCGUGGGAUGUAAAGGGGAGGAGGAGGAAGAAAACCAGCGAGCGUGGAGCGGCGGUGAGAGCCCACCGGGAGGACGACGCCUGCUUCUGCCAAAACAAGGUGCCAUAUUCUCCGCUGCACACGCGAUGUUGCUACGUGACGGAGGGACCGCAAAGCGACCGUGACCCUCUCGCCUACAGUCUACUCGAAGCCCCCCCACCACCCCGCUCCGCCACUGAUCGGUCGCCUUCUUGCCCUGGACAUGUCCGGCCGCCGCAUGACUCAGCCCUUGGAGACCUAGACCACCAUUAAUGGUGCCUUCACAGAUGUGCAAGUUACCCAUGCCAUGGGCACUAACACACCACCAUACCAUCACAGAUGCUGGCUGUUGUACUUUACGCAGGUUAGUCGAAGCUGAAAAUGAGCGCCGUCGGGGAAAGUCCCCUGGACCCUGACACGGCCGAGUCACGCAAGAGGAAGGGCUCGCCAUGCGACACGUCAGCCCAAAGUUUGGAGAAGCGGCGGCGCGAGCUGGAGUGUCGCUACAUCGGCGAGCUGGCGGAGCUGCUCUCCUCCAACAUGGGGGACAUCGCCACCCUGAGCGCCAAGCCCGACAAGUGCCACAUCCUCAAGAGCACCGUGGACCAAAUCCAGCAGAUGAAGCGGCGUGAGCUGGAGAAAGCAGCUCUUCGGUCUCCGGAUGAUGCGGUGCAGAAGAGCGACAUCUCCUCCAGUAGCCAGGGCCUGAUGGAGAAAGAAUCCCUGGGACCCAUGCUGCUAGAGGCUCUGGAUGGCUUUUUCUUCGUGGUCAACCGCGAGGGACGCAUCGUGUUUGUCUCGGAGAAUGUGACGAGCUACCUGGGGUACCCGCAGGACGAGCUUAUGAUGUCCAGCGUCUACAGCAUCCUGCACGUGGGAGACCACAACGAGUUUGUCCGCAAUCUGCUGCCCAAAAGUCUAGUGAAUGGCGCGCCAUGGCCUCAGGAGUCAGGCCGCAGGACCUGCCACACCUUCAACUGCCGCAUGCUGAAAAGGCCGCCCGACGAAAUAGACUCCGAGAACCAGGAGGCCCGGCAGCAGUACGAGAUCAUGCAGUGCUUCACCGUGUCGCAGCCCCGUGCCGCCCUGCAGGAGGAAGGCGAUGACCUGCAGAGCUGCCUGAUCUGCAUUGCGUGCCGGAUGCCUCGUGCCCAGCCCGUCAGCGCAGAGUCUUUUAUCACCAAGCAGGACCCCACAGGGAAGAUCAUCUCCAUCGAGACCAGUGCAUUGCGGGCGACUGGCCGGCCCGGCUGGGAGGACUUGGUCAGGAAGUGCAUCUACGCUUUCUUCCAGCCGCAGGGCAAAGAGCCCUCCCACGCCAAAAAGCUGCUGCAUGAGGUGAUGAGCCACGGCACCGCCAUCAGCCCGCUGUACCGCUUCACCUUGACCGACGGCACGCCGCUCAGGGCUCAGACCCGCUGCAAGUUCUGCUGCCCACCGAACCAAGACGUUCAGCCUUUCAUCAUGGGCAUUCACACUAUUGACAGGGAACACAACACUGGUAGCUCUCAGGAAAACACUAACCCCAGCCUUCAGCCAACCCUGGGCAACCUCGCCCAGACGCCCUCUCGCUCGCCGGUCCUCGCUGCUGGCAGCAACUCAAAACAAACCUCAGGCCCCUCCUCCGCCCCCUCCGCCUCAACGGGGCUUCACCCCGGCAACAGCAACGUCUCCCCGCAACGACUGAAUCCGGCCGCUGCCUACCCGUCCCCCAGCCGGACGCGUCCCCAGCAGGGCAACAGCCCGUCACCUCUCAGCAGCCCCACCGCAGCCGCCCCUACCUCGUUUAUGUCGUCCGUCGUUUUGCGGGCCAGUCCCGGCUCGACGGGGAGCCCGCGGGCGCCGGGCCUCCACUCGCCAGCCGGCGCACUGAACAGACAACACUCUGGCGGCGACGCUAGUAACAGCACCCAGGUCGGGUCAAAAGGAUGCUUCUCCAGACAAGCCGGGACCCCCGCUGGCUUCUCUUCUUUCCAGCCUGGAGCGGAGGGAGGGGCAGAGGACUCUGUCAAAGCCCCUCCGCUGGCUCAUCUCAGACUUAAUCAGCCGCUGAACAGCAACGGGACAGGAAGUGAUGUUAGCGACGUCCAUUGUACCUCGCUGCUUCAUCCCAAACCCUCUCCCGGUCCUCAGUGUCCCGCCUCCCACAGCACACUGACAGAACGGCACAAGAUCUUACACCGACUGCUCCAGGACAGCAACGACUCCACCACCACGUCCUCCACCUCGUUCUCCUCCAUCACUGCCGCCGCCUCUGAGGACGGCGUCAACAGAAGCGAGGUGGCGAUCAAGAAGGAGCUGCCGUCCAGUCCGCUGGUGAGCGCGGCGCUGCAGCGCUCCACUUCCAGAGAGCCGCAGGACCACCAGCUGCUGCGCUUUCUGCUUGACACGGACGAGAAGGACUUGGGAGACCUGCCUCCUCCCUCGGCUCUCAGCCUGCAGACAGUUCGGGUGAAGGUGGAGAAGCGAGGCAACGGGGAGGCAUGCGGGCCGGCGGUGGGCACGAGCCCCGCCGUCAAGGCUGGCACUCCGGCUUGCGUCAGCCCAAAGUCGAGCCCCGUUGCGGAGAGAAGGCGAGACAGCCGGCGAGACAGCCGCCGGGAUAGCCGAGACUCCACGAUUUCCGGCGGCGACGCUGACACGGAGCCCCUCGCCCAGCUGCCUUCCGCCCUCAGAGUUCCAAGCUCGGCGAAACAGGGCACGGACGACGCGGGCGCGCCCGGAGGAGGCCCCCAGCUCCACUCUCCGGGCCCGCAGACGCCGGCGCCGCUCCAGUCCCCGGGGCCUCCGCUCCAGUCCCCGCUGUCCCAGUCCCGCUUGCAGUCCCCGUCGCCUCAGCUCCACUCGCCCUCCCCCCAGCUCAAGCUGCAGUCGCCCACCCAGCCGCAGCCCGGCGGCGUCAGUGUGAAGAGGGAGCUGCCCGGCACUCCGAGCAGAGGCCACAAUGAUGGCGGCCCCGCUUCAGGCUGCAGUCUCCAGAGUCAUUCGGCGUUCGAUUUCUGCAGUGCCCCGACUCCGAGCCAGGCUCAUGGAAAGGGACAGGGAGACCUCUUUCAGGCCCCCAAAGACAGCGGCAGUCCCUUCCCAGAGGCAGAAAUCAUCAACCCGUUCAGUUCAACCACUGGCCGAACCAAGUUGGAAUUGGCCGACUCGCAGUUCCAGCCUCUGUCACUGGCUGACUCGUUGACCUUUGAUGCCCUGGGAACUCCGUUACAAGCGCCCCUCACUUCGCCCCAAGAGCAGUGCGUGCCCUGUACGCUGGACGACGUCCUGGUACCGCCGACCACGCCCGAGGCCCGGAAUGAUGAGAAGGCUCUGCUAGAGCAGUUGGUCUCCUUCCUCAGCGGCACCGACGAAAGUGAACUGGCCGAGCUGGACAAAGCCUUGGGUAUUGAUAAGUUGGUGCAGGGUGGCUGCUACAACCCGAUACCCCAGAACUUGCCAACUCAGCAAGUCACUGCCACCCUGCUCUCCCUGGAUCCCAAGCUGCCUUCCUACCCUUCGCAGUUCACGCCGCCCGCUCAGUUUCCCCCAGAGCUGGCCGCCGUCGGUCAGCAGCAGGCGCUGGGCUUCGGGGCAGCCCGGGGGACGUUCCUCGCCGGGGCACCCGCCGCCAUGGCGGGCCUCCGACCGGGGGUGACCCGGCCGCCCCAGGGCGUGGGCCCCCACCUCAGACUGCCACCUAACCAGCUGAGGCUACAACUGCAGCAACGACUUCAGGGUCCUCAGCAGCUCCAGAACCGACUGGCGAUGAAUACGUUCUCCGUAGCAGGAGGAGGAGGAGGCCAGCGUCUGAACAUGGCCGUUCGUCUGGGAGCGCCGCAACUUCAAAUUCCUUCGCAGCCUCCGCUAAAUGCUCAGAUGCUGGCUCAGCGUCAGAGGGAGCUGUACAGCAUCCAGCACCGUCAACGUCAGCUUUUCCAGCAGAAGGUCAUGCUGAUGAGACAGAACAUGGCCACCGCCUCACCCGCGGGGGGCGCCGUUUCCGCCGUUGUCGCCAGGGUCCCGAAAGGUGCCAACAACAACGCGUCUGCGCCUCAGCAACAAGCGCAGUUCAACUUCCCCGCCGGCUACAGCCAGGUGUCCGGGAAACCUCCUACCUCACCCGGUCACUUCAGUGGCCCCAUGCCGGCGGGGGCGCCUAUUCCGAGUGGCCCCCUGGACGGCAAACUGAAUAGCCAGACGAUGUUGCUGGGCGGCGUGCAGGCUCCGCCCUUCGGGGGCGGCUCCUCGUUGCAGCAGCAAGGUGGUCUGAUGCAGCAGUUUGGGGGCACUGCCGCGGUGCAGCCGGACCCGCCUUUCCCUCCUGAGAUCAGCCCCACCAGUCCGUUGUUGUCGCCACAGAGCGCCACUUCCCAGAGUAGUCCUCUGCUCCCGCAAGCCCCCCCCCCUGGCUACCAGUCCCCAGAGAUGAAGAGCUGGCAGCAGGCCAGCAACAGCCUGUUCAGUCCGUCAUCGCAGCACAGCGGGAGACAGACGUUUGGCCAGCAGGGGGUGUACAACAACAUGAGCAUCACAGUGUCCAUGGCCGGGGGCUCGGGCGGCAUGGACUCCUUACCCUCCUUGGGGCAGCCCGGCGGCGGCUUGAUCAGCAGCCGUGGCGUGGGCUCGCUGUGUAGCGAGCAGCAGGUGCAGCAGGUGCAAGUGUUCGCCGACGUCCAAUGUACCGUCAACCUGGUGGGCGGCGACGCAUACCUGGGUCAGGGCUCCAUCGCGGCCGCCGGCCAGAAGGGUCCCGGCACCCCGCCCGGCGCCCAGACCACCCAGGCCCAGCAGAAGAGCCUCCUCCAGCAGCUGCUGACCGAGUGACAGCCCCGCCCCGCCCCCUGCCGGCCCCGGCUCGCCUAUAAACGUCAACCGACAGACCACCACUUCCUCUUCACUCGGACGCCUCCACUGGGACCCCGUGGCAGUCUCGCCUCACUUCAGGACGGACGGAGGGCGUCUGGCUGCGGAUGGCGUUUAACGACUUCCCGUGCCGCCGCCCCGCCCCGAGGAGGGGCCGGCGUGGGAGGGCGCCGACGAGCUGCCUGUCUGACCUGUCUGACAACCUGUCUGUCUGCCUCAGCCUAUUCAAGGCAGUGUUGUCUUUGCUGCUCAUCUCCCCCACCACCACACCCACCCGACCAACCAUUACCAAACACCUGCUUCCUCGUUGCUGUCCAAUCAGGACACGGGAGUACCUCGGAGGGGCGGCGGCCCCCGUUUUGGCUUUUUGGUUUGCUUUUUUCUGGGAAUGUGACAACGGAAGCUCGGUAUCAGCUGGUUCUGCGACGCUCUCUCUGUCAGCUACACAGUGCCUGGUGGAAGUUUGAGCUUCUUCUUUUAUUUCUUCUUCUUCCACACACAAUUAUUCAAUUUUUUUCUUGUUGUUCUGCUCUCUUCAUCGUCGUCAUCAUCUCAAUCAGCGCUUACAGCCCGCAAGGGACGCGGUGACAGAUGUAUGAAUGGGAGACAGACGGACAGGAUGCUGCUCACUUUUGGGUUUUUUUGGAACUCUUUCUCCUUUAUUUUUGUAUUGAGUAUAAAAGAAAAACAUACGUGAGAAACUGAUGGGAUUAUUUAACAGUCGCGUGUUUAUUAACCCUCACCUCAGCAGCUGUGAAUACGAGGCCAGCUCGGCCUCCCUCUCUCUCUUUUAUUCUCUCUUUUUCUAUCCGACGCUAACUCGGCCUAUGAGUGUUGUUUGCCAUGCAGGCGUGUGUCGUGUUGUACAGUACAGAAGGAAGAUGGACAUUAUUGGUGGACUCGCGACAAAAAAAUGUGGAAAAUUGCCCUUUUCACACGGCGCCGGCAAAGCAAAACAAGGCUUUUCCUGGAUCCGACAGUCGACUGCCAUUUUACAAACUCUAGAUGCAAAAGAUGCAAAAUGGUCAUUGGAGUUGACCUAAGCUGGCCACCGUCAGUCAGUAGAGCCAAAAUGAAGACCCGUAUUUUUAAUUUUUGUUUAUCUUGACUUUCUCUGAAUCCGGCACAAACAUUCAACUGCCAUUUUACUAAAUCUAUUUGCCAAAGCUGUGUUGGCACCAUGGAGCGAUGACAUUUCCUUUCACGCGGUGCCGACAAGGCACGUCAAGCACCAGUUCUUUGAAAUUUUCCUGAAUCAGGCGUCAUAUCGACUGCCAUUUUAAGCACUCUAGAUGUAGCAUGGUUUUUAACCAUGCUGGCAAUCUCCUCUUGCUCUAGUUGCAAAAUGGGCACUAGGUUUUUGAUGUUUCCCACACAUUUAACAAACAAACUUUACCUUAGCUGUGUUGGCAACUGUAUUUUCCCUGAAUCCGGCACCAACAUUUGUCUGACAUCUGACUCACUCUAGACUUCACUUGGCCUUUGUUUGCCAAAGCGGCGCUGGCACCAGCUCUGUGUGAAAGGGGCAAUAAUUGCAGCAGGUGUUUAGAGUCGUACUGUGUUUUAAGCACCGGUUCUUUAACUUUUUCCUGAAUCCGGAACCAACAUUCGAGCGCCAUUUUACCGACUACCCAAGAUGGCCGCCGGCUCUGAGUGAAAGGGGCUCUAAUUGCAACAGUUUUCAAGGUCAUACUGCACUGCUAAAUAUUGCAGCGGAGGAGGAAGUAGUCGUUCCCCCAACGAGAAAAUGUGAAAAUCAUCCAAAUGUUCAAAUGUACCCCAGCCCUUUACCUCCUGCGACGCCAUUUUCGUAGUUUUAACCCCCACAAGGAAGCACUUCAGGCACCGGGCCGAGUCGGGUGCGUAUUUUUAAGGACGUAAAAGUCGUAGUCGUUGGUGAACAUUCUCUCACAAGCCAGCCAAAUCGGUUUGUUUACCGUAUCGCCCGCGGCCCAAUUAUUCGCAUCCUACACUUAAAAGACUCCCUCAAAUGGAUGCCACCAUCAGGAGAUCAGUCUCUCAUUCCACGCCCUACCUCAGAGUACUUUUGUUUAAUUUCGAUUUUCUUCCGAUUACCUCAUACUUCUCUUUACCAGACGCACACGCCGCCUGAUUUUCGGACCUCGUUUCACACUGUGAACUCAGCUCGCUGGUUUCUUCUUUGGUUAUUUUGUAUCUUUUUGUUUGUUUGUUGUGUAUUUUAGUGACGCAGUAUUAAUCCAUGAAAACAGCAACAUGCUCUUUCACACAACUUUAAGGACUUCUUCAGAACAUUACUUUCCCCUCCAUUGAUGACCAUCUCUCCGUUGUGCUGUUUUUUUUUUAUAUAUUUGAACGAGUUUGUGGACAAAAGUAAUGGGCAGUGCCGCAGCGUGGUGCGAGGUUUCGGCACGUUUGCGUGUAGGAAGAACUUGGUCCCGAAAGAGGGCCUGGUCUGGCUUGCCCCAGCGUUCUUUCGCACCGCACUCAUCCGAGAACACUUUUACAGACCGAAAAAGGAACUUUGCCCGAAACUGUUCUGGAAGAAUGGUCGAUUGUCAUUAUGCUAGCUAGCCUUCGUUGCGUCAUUGAGGCGUGUGUCCCAAUACUUUUGUCCAUAUAGCGCAGGGGUGGGCAAAGAAUUUAUCAAUUUGUUAUUUCUAAUACAUUAUCUCAUUAAGUAAUGGAUUGUACAUAAUAAAUAUGAAUAACAAUAAAUCAUUUUAUAUACAUUGCAUCCAGAAAAUAUUCAUCGCACAUUUUAUGUUACAGCCUUAUUCCAAAAUAGAUACAUUACAUUUUUGCUAUUGUGUGGGUGGCUGUCUGAAGUGCACUAGUAUGUUGGUUUAUUUGAUAUGAACAUCGCAAGAACAUUGGACAAAGCAGAUGUAUUGCAUUAAACGUUUUAGCGCGAGUGCUAAUUUGCAGCACUUGUCAACUUUUAAUAAGGUACAAAUAAUACAAAAAAAUACAAGAGUAUAGCGAUACGGUCAAGUUCAUUUGUCAUUUUUUUUUGCAUGUACCAACACAAAAAAAAUCACCCAAGCGAUGGCUCGAAUAACUGACUAAUUUGAGUUCUUAGUUUUUUAUUUUAAUACAGAAAAAAAACGUCAUAGUGGGGUGUUGUUUUGGGAUUUUUCCCCCCCGUAAAUAAAGAAUUUAUACCAAUUUGGAAAAGGGCUGUAACAAUGCAAAUGUGAAAAAAAGUGACCUUGUGAAUACGUUUUAUUUAUUGUAUUAAAUCAUUGGUAAAUUUAUAAUUAAUUACAAAUAAGGACAUUUUUUUUUUAAAAUGGGAAUGGAUUAUUUUGCAUGCACAUUUUCACCUUUUUUUUCCCCCAUUGGCAAAUGUUUUUAUAACGAGUACAAAAGUUUGCCCACCCCUGAUUAUUGCGUUUUCAUCUUUUGUCUUUUUUUUCCUUUUGUAUUGACGUUGAAAAUUUAAUUCCGGUAUCUUGAUGAUCCCAAGUCAUAAAGGUUUUGGACAGAUUUCACGCUUGGAACAACCGUUUGGAUUUGUUGGGGUUUUUUUUUUUUUUUUUUUGGGCUUGUGCAAAGUGGGAGAAUGUUUUAGCCGUUUCUCGUAUUUGUCGCGCGUCCAGUCCAUCGGCUGAUGUUUUUUCUGCAGGGAUGAGGAAUCCUUUCCUCUCUUCACUCCACACUACAAACAACAACAAAAGGCAAAACAACAACAAAAGCCAAAAAAGAAGCGAUGCAUGUUGAAAUUCCAGAUGUUAUGCAAUCAGCUGCUCAGUGGAAAGGCCUCCCUUUUCUUCCUGCUCCUCCUCCUCCUAGUCGGCAGAUACAGGCUUUUUGUUAACAUGGUGUAAAUAGCAAAGAGAAAUGUGAAUAAUAAUAAUAGUAAGGAGAAUCAUCAUCAUCAUCAAGACAAGUUUGUGGUAAAUAACUACUCGCCUCCGUCGUCUUUAUUUUUAUUUUACGGGAUUUUCUACUUUUUUCAAAUUCUUUCGAUGAUGAUGCAUAUGUAUAUGAGUAUCAGUGCGUGUGAUGAAUACUGUAUAUUAUUAUUAUUAUUAUUAUUAUGGAUCCUCUCCUUCCCUGCUCCACGUGUCUGAUGCCAGAGAAUGGUUUCUAUAGCGACUGCUGAAUGUGAUUUUUACUGAGCGACGAGCAGUGUGGACUGGCUUUGUUUGUAUUUGUCAUCGUCAUCGUACGGGUUAAUUUAAGAGAAAAAAAGGCCAUAUUGUAUAUUAUUUUUUUUCUCUUGUUGUCAUAGCCGACGCUGGAGAGUGGAGCCUCGGCAGGGCGGAGAAACGACCACCUGACAUUUUUCCCUCCAUCUCUCUUAGUGAUUGUAAAUGACCAAAGCCUCAAAGAUCUCGUAUGCAAACCGUCACUGGAUGUUCGCGCCCCCGGUCUUUUAUCUUAAGUGGCCCAAAGUUAACGUAAACUAUGCACCCAUAAGCCAAAAGAAAGGGAGGGGGGCACUGGAGUAAGCCACAAUCCCAUUAACAUGAAUUCAAAACUUUUACGUUUUUGCUUGUCUGUCGUCAGACAAAACCAAACCUCAUUCAUGUUUUUUUGCAAUAAAGGUUUUAUAUUUUUUUAAAAAAAUAGUGUUUAAAAAACAACAUUUAAUCAUCAAUCUCCUAUUUUGGCUUUUGUUCCCCCAAAAAAUUUCCCAAAACAAUGUGGAUAUACGCAUGCUUAUCAAUGGACAGCUAAACGAAUCGAAACUGAAACACUGAAGUGAAAGCAAAAAAAUCUCGACUUCAUCACUGUCCGUUUUACGGUAGCGUCCCCCUUAGUUGUUGUUUUUCCUUUUUUUUUUGUUAUCACUUUAGAGGGCUCUAAAACUCAAUCUCCAAUUUUCAGGAAAAAGACAAAGUGUGAGCAUGCAUGCUUUGAAUUGGGCAGCAAAACGUAAAGUGAUAGCUGAUAAAUGCUAACGUCAUCAUUGGAUAUUUACGUUAGUGCCCCUUUUCUUUUACCUCCACUUUUGGCUUGUUUUUAUGUGAAAAACAACCAACAUUUAUUUGUUGCAGAAAAAAAUAUUUGGUUUUCUUCAGACAGCCACAUUUUAAACAAACUUUAUCACUGGAUUUUUACGUUAGCACAUACUGAGGAAAAAAAUGCUAACGUCCUGACUGGACCGUAGCCCCGCCUGUCUUUACCUUCAAUUUUGGCUUUUUGAUUUAAUAUGAAAAGCUACAAAAACAAUGUAUUUGAUGUUUCAGGAAAAACAAACAAAAAAAGGUUUUAUUCAGACAAUGACAUUUGAAACAACAAAACAUGCUAACUUCCUCACUGACUGUUUACAUUAGCGCCCCCUGUCUUUGAACUCCCAAUUUUGGCUCUUGUUAAUAUGAAAAACAUGAUAUAUGAAGUAUGAAAUAUGAAGAAUGAACACAUAUUUGCUAAGGUUCUGUUCAGGACAACUUCAAAAGAAACUCCAAACAAAUCAUCUCUCCGAUCUGAUAUCCAAUACCCAUAUUUUUCUAUUCUUAUUUUUAAGACAUGCAGAUAAAAAUCAUGGAAAAUUUGGAGGCGCAUGCUUUUCUCUGGACAGCCAAGUUAGAAACAUUUGAGAAAAGUAACGACUUGGGCUGCUUUGUUGUUUUUCUUUCGAUUUUCACCGACCUCCAUGUAAAUAUCGUUACUGUCCAAAGAAAAGCAUUGAUCUCCACAUUUGCUCAGCCUUUCUUGCUACCCCCCCAAAAAAGAAUCAUUUUUAUUGAUAAUCCAGUUUUUCUCUGAAAAACUAGACAAAGCAUUUUUCUUGAUGUUUCAGACUUUUAAAACAUCUUCAAUGCACACUUCUCAUUGUGCAGUGAAAAUGUUUUAAGCAGUUCAUCGUGAAGUGGGAGCGACGAUGAUUACCGCUGCUAACUUUUUUGUCUUCGCUCAACUUAUAUGCAAACAUCAUCAAAACGCAUUUAUAUGCACAUUUUGUGAGCAUUUUUUUUUUCCAAAUCAGAAUAAUGGAAGUUUUUCUUGAUGUUUCAGACUAUUAGAAAAAUUACGAUACAUGGUUAUUGUCCAGCAACAUUUUUAACAAUUCGUUGCGAAGUGGUAGCAAAAAAGGACAGGUGCAACUGCUUGUUAGGUUUUUUUUCGGUCUUUACUAACCACAAUGCCAAUAUUGCCGAAAAGCAAAAAAAAUAUUGCUUGAUGUUUUAGACUUUUAAGAAAUCGGACAUGCAAUUCUAAAUGAUUUGUCUGAAAGUGGUAGCUAAAAAAGGACGAUUACAAAUGCCAACAUUUUUUGUUUUUUUCUGUCUUUGCUCAACUUCAAUGCAAAUAUUGUCCGAAAACAUGUAUCUCCACAUUUUGUGAGUUUGUUUCACAAACGUGUCUCUUUGUUAGCAGCUAGCAAGCUAAACUAUGCUAAGCUUGGGCGAGAAGCUUCAGCGUGCACCGAGACGAGUUCAACCGGACACAAAGAUUGAACGAAUGAUGUAGUUCGUAAAACAACGGACAAAUAUUUAUCUUUAUUUCUUUUCUUUUUAAAUUCACAUACUUGCUUAUUAUUGGACAGUAAAAUGUUAAACAAUUUGUCGAAAAGUGGUAGCAAAAAAGACGUAACUUUUUUUCUUUCUUUGCUAAACUAUAUAUAUAUAUAUAAAGGGAUCUCCACAUUUUGUGGGGGGUUUUGGUUUUUGUCCACAAAAUAGAAAAGAAACAAAUUCUUGAGAUGUUCCCGAUUUGCAAAAAAACAUGAGAUGCUUGAUUUUCAUUAAUCAGCUUUAUUUUUUUCCCCCUCAGAGACUCAAAGACCUCAAACUUUCAGAACAUUCUGGAUCACAACGCGGUUCUAGGUGGGGCUCGGGCUCCCAUCCUGUGUUUAGCUUCUCCACUGGCCCCCUUUCCCCCCCCCCUCAUCCAUUUACGCUUUUUAUACAGACAAAAAAAGACGCCUCGUCGGUCAGGUCUGGACUCUGGUGGCGUUUUCUCCACUUUCAAACGCUGAGGUUCCACUUUCUCCCCUUGUACAAAUUAAUAUAAAUAAAUAUAUAGAGAUAUAAAUAUAUGAUACAUUUUACUUUCUUUUCUUUGUAUAUGACCCUUAUGUAAGGUUUGGUUGUAAAGAAAAGGCACGGGAGCAGCUACAAUAUGACGAGUGACAGUGUUCAUGUGGGACGACGUUUUUUGACAUUUUUUUGGGGGGGGGAAGUUUAUGCAUGUUGGGAGUUUUUCUGUCUUAUUUAAAAAAAAUUUUUUUUUUGUUUGUUUGUUUUUUGUUUUUUUUUUUACAAUCCCCGUCCACCACCACCCUUCAAUCUGUUCAGGUGUGAAUUGAAAAAAAAAAAGAAAAAAAAAAGACCUUUUUUAUUUUUUUGGGGGGUGUUUUAGACAAUCAGUGUGGGCUGCCUCAAUGCCCCCUUCCUUCUUGUUAGACUCAUUUGUACAAAAAAAAAAAAAAGAAACCCUACUGGAACUUUUUUUCUUUUUUUUUGUGGCUGCUCAAGUUUACACACACACACACACACACACACACUUCUCGAGUACACACAACACCUCGUGCAUCAUUUUUGAUCCCUCGCUCUUUUUAAAAGAAAAUUCUUUUGAAUGUUUUAGUUGUUGGUGUGUCUCUUCUUUUUUCGCUCCUCUUCUGAGGUGAGGAUGCGCACCUGCCCCAGAGGACAUGAUACUUUCUCUUUUUUUUUUUUUUUUUUUUUUUUUGGACUAACAAAUCUAUAACAUCUGAAUAUGAAUGUGGGAAUGCAACACAUUGCAAUAAAAACACCAUUUAAAAUGCA